AUGUAAAACCACCCUCAUUAACUCUAUCAAAUUCCAGUCUAAGUAGUUCAUCAACAAUAAUGCUCACCUAUAAUUUCAACGGUUAACCAUCAACCAUCUUCAUAUGAGAUUAAGUACUAUAAUUAAAUGGAAGUUCAAUACAGACAAUAGUCCUAAAUUUACAACAAUUUUACAACACAAUUACUCAAUCAAAAUAAUCCAACAUAGCCCUUUAAUCCACAAAUAAUUUAAGGAUAACAAUAAUAAUAACCUAGUUUUAUAAAUUAAACAGUGCCAUAAUAGCAAAAUCAUAUCUAAAAUAUACAAUUUCCUUAAAAACAUUAUUAACCUUAAAUAGAAUAGCCGUAUAUUUAAAAUAGGGCCUAAAAUUAUUGUUAAAAAUAUAAUUAACGUUCGAUAUCAUCUGAAUAUGAUAAUUGUUGCCCUUAAUCACAUCCAUAUAAUAGUCGACCAUAAUUUUAAUCUUCCAAUGAAUAGACUGAAGAAAAAUUUUAACCACUUUCAGUUUUGUGGAAAGAAGAUCUAGAUUAAAAAACUAAAUAAUUUGAAUAAAAAUAACCAUAAUAACUCCAAUAAAUAUAACAAGCAUCAAAUCCAUUAAAAAAUUAAAAAUUUCAUAAAACUCAACCUUAAGUUAAAGAGAAUUAGUUAUAGCUAUUAACCUUAAAUUAUCAGAAUGAUUACAUAUAUAGAGGCUAAGGCUAUGAACCAGAUAUUAGAGAAGGUGAUGGCACAUUGACUGACUAAAAUGAAAAUCUAGUUUAUGCUGGUUAAUGGAAGGAUAAUCAAUAACAUGGCAAAGGCAAAUUGAUUAAUGUUGAACCAGAAGAGAUUGAAGGUCCUUUCGAUUAUUAGGAUUUUAACGAGAUAAAAAAUGGGUGGAGUUGGUAUGAAGGUGAUUUCUCUAAAGGCAAUAUGCAUGGUGAAGGAACACUGUAAUUAACAAAUGAGGAGUUUUUCAAAGGUCGAUUUGUGGAUGGAAAGAUUGAUGGUAAAGGUGAAUUUACAACAUUGAAUGGCUAAAGUUUUACAGGAUUUUGGGAAAAAGGAGUGUUAACUUUCGUUUAAGGUUGA